AACGAAAAUGUUGGUGGAAAUUUUGAAGAAAAUCCCAUUUCCAAAAUUUUCCCUGGCGAAGAUUGAAGUGAGCCCCACACAAUCCACAUUCCGCCACUGAAACACCAAGAGAUUCUCCUCUCUUUACUCAAUUUUGCUGCUACGAUUCCACCAUUUUCAUUCAAGGAUUUGCUAAAAUUGAUAGGGAAAAGGGAAAAUGUUAGCUGCACCUUCAGCUUCUCGCCUCAACUCUCCAUUUGUCUACUGCCCCCUUAAGCUUUCCUCUCCAUCUUCAUUUCCCACAAAAUCCCUCAAAACGCAACGCUCUCCGGCUUCGUAUCCAUGCGUCAGAGCAGUUGAUCUUGAUCAGAACACAAUAGUGGCAAUUACAGUUGGGGUGGUCAGUGUUGCAGUCGGGAUUGGGAUUCCUGUUUUCUAUGAGACCCAAAUUGACAGUGCUGCCAAGAGAGAAAAUACUCAGGCAUGCUUCCCCUGUAAUGGCUCCGGUUCUCAAAAAUGUAGAUUUUGCACGGGUACCGGCAGUGUCUCUGUUGAUCUAGGUGGUGAUGAGAAAGAAAUCUCUCGGUGCAUCAAUUGUGACGGGGCUGGCUCAUUGACGUGCACCACGUGCCAGGGCAGCGGCAUUCAACCUCGUUACCUUGAUCGUAGAGAAUUUAAGGAUGAUGACUGAGUGCUGCAGAGAACAUGGCCGCGUUCGGAUGAAUUCUUUGAUGCCAAAUUAACUUGUUUUGAAGUUACAUAGAUGGGGCAUUGACACAUAUUUUGCGCAAAUAUAUUUUUCUGUGUAUUUUUUUGACUUUGGAGUCAAGAUUAUUACGUUCAUGUAAUGUGUUAGUACUAUAUCAGUUGUUGGGUUUUACAGAUGUAUUUGAUGUAUCAUGCUAGAGUUGUUCACUGCAAAACAGAGAGGAUCCAUUUAUGUCAUUAUGUGGAAAGAAGAAAUUAUAUCUUCUA